AAGUGCUUGUGUCACCUGUUACAGCUCUAGCCUCAGCUUCUCUUUGUUUCAACAGUAUUUGAUUAGGAAUCCCAAAGUUAACCUCACUCGAAAAAAAAAGGUGUGGUCUUAGUAGUUUACGUUUAAGCCGUGAAGGGAGCUGUGUAGUACGUAUCGCCAUUCAAAACAGUAAUGUACCGGCAAAGCUGGAAGUAAGGACACGGACUAGUAACACUUAACGAAAAAGAACACAGUUACCAACACAGAAGAGCUGCAUUUAAUCAGUACAAGUAUGGCUGCAAAUCCACAUUCAGGUCCAUAUUAUAUAAACUAUGGAUUCCAACAGGGACAAGACCUUCCCCCUCCAUACAACCUAGCUGCAGGCGCUCCUCCCCCACCGUAUCUACCUCAGCACCCCCCCUCAGCUGUGCCGCAGUACAGCCCUUCAGUUCCCACGCACAUUCCCACCCCUCAACGAUACCUGCAGGACAGACCUGCCUCUUCAGGCAGGAGGACAGUCGCUCUUGCUCUCAGUGUUGUUGGUGUGCUACUCAUUUUGGGAGUGACAGGGUUUCUCAUCUGGUAUUUUGGGUUUAUAAAACGUUUACCUGUUUUUGAGUCAACUCUCUGGCCCUCACUCACAUUCUCACCCACCCCAGAAACAGUUAGUUCUAGCUGCAUGUUUGGUGUGCCCUGUGGGUCUUCAGGAAGCUGUGUGAGCUCAUCGAAGUGGUGCGAUGGUACACCAGACUGUCCACUAGGGGAAGACGAGGAAACGUGCCUCCGGCUCUAUGGAUCCAACUUCCUUCUGCAGGCCUAUUCCCCCACUAGCCAGUCCUGGAAGCCAGUGUGCGCGGAUUACUGGAGUGAUAGCUAUGGCAAAAGCUCCUGCGAACAGAUAGGGUACAGCAGAGACACAUACUUACAGUUUGGAAAAACCAGUCAAAUCUCUAGUGGAUCCAGUGGGUUUAUGAAACUGGACUCCGGUUUAAGUAAUACAGGAGGAAAACUCCAAAACAUGCUGACGAGCAGCAAUUGGUGUUCAACUGGAUCAGUAGUCACACUGCGCUGCAUAGGCUGUGGUGUUAAAUCUACUCCCUCGACUCGGAUUAUUGGAGGGACAGUGGCCCAGGUAGGGGAAUGGCCAUGGCAAGUCAGUCUCCAGAUUAACAAGCAUCAUAUCUGUGGUGGCACCAUCAUCACCCCCUACUGGAUAGUGACAGCAGCACACUGUGUAGAAACGUAUUCUCAUGCUUCUUAUUGGACGGUAGUUGGUGGCUUCCUUACGCUGACAGAAAUGCAGACCGUCCCAGGAUCCUCUGUGUCUCUUAUUAUUGCCAACAAAAAUUACAACAGCCAAACAAAGGACAAUGACAUUGCACUCAUGAAACUGACCAGGCCUCUUGCAUUCUCAAAUACUGUAAAGCCAGUCUGUUUGCCAAAUGUGGGUCUGCAGGCAGCUCCUUCAAGUCAAUACUGGAUAUCUGGAUGGGGAGCGUCGAGAGAAGGAGGAGCCUCUACUGAGGAUCUGCUGAUGGCCCGGGUCAAUGCUAUUGGUCGGGACACCUGUAACAGUGCCCAAGUGUACAAUGGGUUGAUAACGAAGGCAAUGAUCUGCGCUGGGGUUCUGCAAGGUGGAGUGGAUUCCUGUCAGGGUGACAGUGGCGGGCCAUUAGUUACACAGGAGAACUCGCUGUGGUGGUUGAUGGGAGACACAAGCUGGGGUUAUGGAUGUGCCCAGCGAAACAAACCCGGAGUGUAUGGCAAUGUGACAUAUUUCCUGGACUGGAUUUAUCACCAGAUGCAGACCAACAGAUGAAGAAUGUUUGAAUGGCAUGGAUGGUAAUUCAGAGGGAAUAAGUGCAAUUGAAGACACUUGUUUUAAUAACAUUGUGAACCUUAUUUUAUCUUGCCAAAAAAAAAAAAAGAAGAAAAUAAAACCAAAUAAUGAUAUAUUUCUCAUGGGAUCCAGAUUGCAAUAGACUCUCUUGUUUUUUAAUCCCGAUUGCUUUUUAAAGUAUUACUGAUGCAUUGCCCUAUACAGCUACUGCCAGCUGAUUACAUGUGUACUCAUGAUCAAGACUCUUAUGAAGUCACUGAGAUCCUUCUGCUUACCUAUUGUUUUUGCUGAAUAGUUGCACACACAUCUCACACAGCUGACAUAGCUAUAGUGGAUCACUGACACAUGUUCAGUUUACUUCAAUUGUCUAGUUUUUCCGCCUUAUGUACUUUCUACUUUUGUUUGGGGAGCAUAAAUGUUUACUAUUGUUUAGUAAAAGGGAGCCUUACAAAAACGUUUGUCCUUGUGAGUGCAAGUCUAACGUCAAAUGGAAUCAUGUAAAUGUCUUUUAUAAACUGUACUGUAUAUGUAAUCCAAUGUGAAUGUAUUUAAGAGCAAAUCUGUAUGACCAAAUAGUCUGUGGAUGAUUCUGUUUCGGUUUUGUAUGAUUUUUGUUUGUUUUUAAACAUCAUUAUAUUGGUACACUUUAACCA